AUGAUUGCGACUGAAAUAAGCAUCAUGGACGAUGAAGAUAACUGGUGCGCAUUCCUCGAGAACGAGUAUGUUGAUAGUGAAGUAAAAUGGAAUUUUGGCUUUAUAUUCGGCCGAGAAUGGCAAGUAUCACGAGUGUCACCACUCGACAUUAGUCAAUUGGACGAAAAUCCUCGAUUUUACUCGGCACUUCGUCUAGCUCACACGACGUUUGCCGAGCGACAAAUAGAAGUUACGGCAGAGAUAUUUGACUGGUAUACGGAAUGUAUCGAACGAGGAUAUCUUCAAGGAGAAGUUUCACAGAAAGUAGAAGAUAUGGAGUCGCCAUCACCACUACCAUUGACCGUUUAUGACCCAGAACAAGCUCAUUUGUUUAUGGCUCAUCAACGUACAAUUGAUACUAUUCUCUGCAUGCCGCGCACACCCGAAUCAGGAGCAGAAAUGAUUGCUGAAUUUC